AUGGAUCUGGAAGAUUAUGAUGCCGACCCAUUUUCUAGUAAGGGCCUGUGGAGGUUGUCUAAGUUUACGCUCCAGUCCCUGCAACCGUUAGAACCAUUACCUUGGAAUGAAGAGUUACCUGAUCUGACAGGGGGGAUUUUCAAAAUUCCUCUUGAUUUGUUUAAUGAAGAUAAUUCCAAAGUGCACCAGUUGAACUUCGAAACCGAUGUAUUCGACCGGGACUUGAUACCCGAAACAUCAACCUACGCGUCAAGCGAAACCCAAGCCGAAUUAACUAUUAUUCACCCGGAAACAGAAGAUGUAGUAGAGGAUAUUUGGAUGCUGGAUAGCUUAGACGACGAACCAGGCAACAAAGGAUUGUUAAAGACGUGGGAAACCUACCAAAACCGAUCGUACCGUGAGCCUGCCUCAGCGUACUUUAGUGAAUCGGGGGCUAGAGGAUUUGAUGCAACGUUGGCGCAUCAGGAUUUGGUGAAUAGGCCCGGGAACCCGAGCCGUGUGGCUCGAAAUGAUAUCUUUUUCCAGUCCCUGUUUCGGCUUGGUCUCGGUUGGAGCUCUAUGUUUUUCCGAUACAAUAGGGAACACCAGAUGUUCGAGCGGGUAUUCGAUGAUGUUCGCCUUUCCGGUGUUAGUGUUGCUGCACUCAAAGGUUUGACUGAUGAGAUGAUCCGGUGUGGUACGAAUAUGCAGCGGGUGCGAAACUUCGUUGGCAAAGCCCCUUCUAAGUCCACUAAACUCUCCGCCAUUUCGACUCUUUCAAGCGCUAUGGCUGUCAUCAUUUAUACUCUUGAGAAACAGCUUCUUAAAUAUUCUAAGAACAUAGCGUCCCUUAUUCAGAUCAGUGCCUUGUUUCAGCGAUGUGGUGAAUUGGUUGGUUCCUUGGCAGACCUGGUUGAAGCUAUUAAAGGUGUUGUGUCGGAAGCUCAGAUAUUCUCUAUCGUUUUUGAAAAGGCAGCUCAUUUUUCUCAAACCUUCGGCCAGAUGGAGGAUCUCUUCCGCGAAAUUGUUAUCCGGACAGUGAUCCCAUUUCUUGAGCACGUGGAGGCUUGGAUUGGUCUCCGUUCAGAAGCCGAGAUAUUGAGGGAGCCGGCGACAAGUGGCAGAAGCUUCAUGGCCCUAGAAUUCUCUGAGGAGAACUCGAAGACCACAUCAUCACAAACAACGAGAUUUGACUAUAGAUAUAACUCUGCCGAGAUGCCAUCAUUUAUUCCCCAAGACCAGGCACAAUUGAUCUUCGAAAGCGGACGCAGCCUGCGCCUUCUUAAAAGAUUCCACCCUCAGCAUCCAAUUGCAAGCAACAAAAUUUGCAACGGAAGUAUCCCGAGGCUUAGCUGUGCAAGCACAUGGGCAGAUAUUGAAAGAAUCCAGCAAAAAGCCCAGAAGUACGAAAAUCAACUCCGUUCUGAGAUCCUCAAGUAUAAUCGCGGCGAUGCCUCUGCGAAGGAAAACAUCAAACUUGGUUCUCAGGCGCCUGCCCAAGCUGGGGCUAGUGACACGCUUAAAGAUACCUUCGACCUGUUUGACAUUGACGACGCGAAAUAUAUGACGGGGUUACUGGCAAACCAAACUUCUAUGGAAAAGGAUGAACUCUCCCGACUGCUCGACUCAAGAAAUGAUACAUAUCAUGAAAUGCCUGAGGAUAGUAGGCAUAAUUUCGGCCCAGAAUUGGCUUCUGCUCUCUACCUGUCUCUUGCACCACUCCUUUCUUCUCAGGCAUUGUUAAUCGAUUUCUCUUGUCUUCAUCUUCUGUUUAAAGAGCACAAGGUUCGGUACCACUUAAGCCUGCAGUGGCGGUUUCAGCUUCUUGGGGAUGGUUUCUUCACCUCGCGUCUGUCACACGCGCUUUUUGAUCCGGAAAUGCAAAGUGGCGAGCGAAAACCUGGUGUUGUCCGUAGCAGUGUCCACACCGGCUUGCGUUUAGGAAGCCGCGACACAUGGCCACCGGCAAGCUCGGAACUGCGAUUGGUGCUCAUUGGUCUUCUUAGUGAGUGUCAUGGAUUUGAUGACCACUCAGAGAACUUGACAGGCGACGAGUCGCGCAAAGAGAGGGAGCUUCCCGGCGGUCUGAGUUUUUCUAUCCGAGAGUUGACUGACGAUGAGAUCACUAAGUGCAAGGAUCCUAAUGCUAUCGAGGCUUUGGACUUUCUUCGCCUCCAAUAUAAGCCUUCAAAUGUCCUGGAAGCCAUAAUUACUCCACGGUCGCUUAACAAGUAUGACCGCCUCUUCAAGCAUCUGCUUCGACUCCUCCGAAUGGUUUCGGUCGUCAAAGGCCUCAUCCGUGAUUCUACAGGGAGGGACUCCCUCUCCGGGGAUCCUCGGAAUGUGUACCAGAAAUUUCGUAUUGACUGCCAGCACUUUGUCCUCGCACUGAGUGACUACUGCUUUCACGUGGGUGUUGGGUCAACUUGGCAGCGGUUUCAAGAUAGCCUAUCUAAGAUUGAAUAUUGCCUCGACCGCGGCGACAUUGAUGGUACGAUAGAAGCGGCUCAUUCUGUCCCUAGACUUAGAGAUUAUCAUGAGGACAUUCUAGACCAAAUCCUUUUUGCGCUAUUCCUCAGCAAACGACAUGCGGACGCAGCAAAGUUAGUAGAAAGCAUUUUUGAUACGAUAUUGACAUUUGCUCCGCUGUCGAGGAUGGAUGGAACGAGCGGCGUACGCUACGAAAGCGAGGCCAUCGCCUAUCAGCUGUAUGCUAAUUUCCGGAAGCAAACGUCCCUUUUUGUUGGGUAUCUACGCAGUUUAGAUGGCGUGAAGGCGGCUUCGAAGUCUUUCGGUAGGUCCGGCUCGACUUUCGCAUCCAGAGAAGCACCUACAAGUAUCUUUGAACACCUUCUGGCACGCUUGGAUAUGAAGAAGUAUUACUGA